CGAGCGGUCCCUCCCUCCCCUCUUGUCUGACUCCGUCUGGGAAGGAAAGGUUUGGUGCAUCGGCGGAGACCGGGAGGCUGCCAGGAUCCGGAGUUGAGAGAUAGUUUGAUUCUUCACGUUCGUGGCCUCCUGUAGAUCACCUGUGACUGCCUAGUCUUCUUCUUUAUCAUCUUCAUCAACCAUCAUCCUCACUACAAUCCGGCGGCCAGCGGUAAUCCGUCCCGUUUGCUUUUAUAGCGGUCUACGGCGCAGACGAACCACCGGUGAAGAUGUCCGGCUAUCAAGGCAAGAAGAACAUCCCCCGCAUCACAAGUGACCGUCUCCUGAUCAAAGGAGCGAAGAUUGUGAAUGAUGACCAGUCCUUCUGUGCCGACAUCUACAUGGAGGAUGGAGUCAUCAAACAAAUCGGGGAAAACCUCAUUGUGCCUGGUGGGGUGAAAACCAUCGAUGCCCAUGGUCAGAUGCUGAUGCCCGGUGGGAUCGAUGUGCACACUCGUUUCCAGAUGCCGGAUCGGGGCAUGACCUCCGCUGAUGACUUCUACCAGGGCACCAAGGCGGCACUGGCUGGGGGCACCACCAUGAUUGUUGACCAUGUGUUACCUGAGCCUGGCACCAGCCUCAUCUCGGGCUUCGAGCAGUGGCGCGAAUGGGCCGACAGCAAGUCCUGCUGCGACUACUCGCUGCAUGUCGACAUCACCGAGUGGCACAAGGGAAUCCAGGAAGAGAUGGAGAUGCUCGUGAAGGAUCACGGUGUUAACUCUUUCCUGGUCUACCUGGCUUAUAAGGAUAUUUUCCAGCUUACUGACGCUCAGGUGUACGAGGUUUUCAGUGUGAUCCGCGAUCUGGGAGCCAUCGCCCAGGUUCACGCUGAGAAUGGAGACAUCGUAGCUGAGGAGCAGCGCAGGAUGCUGGAGCAGGGGAUCACUGGGCCUGAAGGCCAUGUGCUGAGCCGCCCUGAGGAGGUGGAGGCCGAGGCUGUUAACCGCUCUGUGACUGUGGCCAACCAGACCAACUGCCCGCUGUAUGUCACCAAGGUGAUGAGCAAGAGCGCUGCUGAUGUCAUUGCUCAGGCCAGGAAGAAGGGCACUGUGGUCUAUGGAGAGCCAAUCACCGCAAGCCUGGGAACAGACGGUUCACACUAUUGGAGCAAGAACUGGGCCAAAGCGGCCGCUUACAUCACCUCUCCGCCACUGAGCCCUGACUCAACCACACCAGACUAUCUCAACUCCCUGCUCUCUUGUGGAGACCUUCAGGUGACAGGAAGUGCGCACUGUCCCUUUAACACCGCCCAGCGUGCUGUGGGCAAAGAUGACUUCAGCUUGAUUCCUGAGGGUGUCAAUGGCACCGAGGAGAGGAUGUCUAUCAUCUGGGACAAAUGUGUGGUAACCGGCAAGAUGGAUGAAAACCAGUUUGUGGCCGUGACCAGCACAAAUGCCGCCAAGAUCUUCAACCUGUAUCCCCGCAAGGGCCGCAUUGCUGUGGGCUCGGAUGCUGAUCUGGUGCUGUGGGACCCAGACGUCACAAAGAUCAUCUCCGCCAAGAGCCACCAUUCAACUGUGGAGUACAACAUCUUCGAAGGCACCGAGGUGCGUGGUGGGCCUCUGGUGGUGAUCAGCCAGGGCAAGAUUGUUUUGGAGGAUGGGAACCUCCACGUCACCGAGGGCUCAGGACGUUAUGUGGCCCGCAAACCUUUCCCUGACUAUGUCUACAAGAGGAUAAAAGCUCGCAGCAGGCUGGCUGAGCUGAGAGGUGUACCCAGGGGGUUGUAUGAUGGUCCAGUCUGUGAGGUGUCAGUCACUCCUAAAACCAUGACUCCAGCUUCCUCUACCAAGACUUCACCUGCCAAACAACCGAACCAGCCCGUCCGCAACCUGCACCAGUCUGGCUUCAGCCUAUCCGGAGCUCAGAUUGAUGACAACGUUCCUCGCCGGAACACUCAGCGCAUCGUGGCGCCUCCAGGCGGCAGGGCAAACAUCACCAGCCUGGGUUUAGAGCCCCAUCCUCAGCUGCUGAGGAGGAAAUGAGGAUUUGUGGAUGGAUGGCCAGCGGAAGCAGGAAGCUGUGGUGGGGGUGAAGAAGUUACAGCAUUACAUCGAGAUUCAACCUUCACAACACCUGAUCAGGCCAUCUGUCAGCCUCCAGCUUUCAUGUCCUCCUUUGCUGCUUUUUGCCCCGCUCCCCCUCCACUAUACCCAAUCUCUCUUCCCCAAAACCUGAUUCUAGAGGACAUAGUUAGAAAAGAAAAACCAAACAAAAAAGUUCUGCCUAUAUGAUGAAAAUUUAGAUUAAAAAAAAAUGAUAACACUUCUUAUUUGAGCACUUUUGACUGUGUUAUUCAGUUUUUAUACUGUAAUUUCUCCCUCCCCAUGUAUCCUUUGAUAUUUGCUUUGCUGUUGUUUCCAGUCAGGGAGUUAAGUGAGGCUAAAGUGAUGUUAUGCAGAUGAUAAGGUUCGCGCAGGAUAUCUAUUCUUUCACCAUUUUGUGAGGAGUUCAGUAUCAUUUCCUUUGAUUCUUUCUUUUGUUAAAUAGGCCAAACACUAGGAUGCAUGAAACUGACCAGUCUUAAUUUCAUUCAGCCAGAAAGAAUCUAAUACUUCCGUCCGGCUGUUAGCAGUCUGUAAUUUGCAUGAUAUCACAUUUCAGCCACUUAGUUUUCCAGUCCAUUGCUGUCUUUCACAGUGCUACAAUUGAUUUUUAAUUGACUAUUUGCCAUGAAGAUGGCCUUAACAUUUGAAAAACUGAACAUGGUAAUCUUUUAUUAUGGAUACAGUCUGUUGGGAGUCAACUGGAGAGUCCUGUGGCGCAGAAGGAGCUUUUGGCAGGUAGUAAAUAGAGCUUUAUUCUUCUUCUCUGAGCGUAAGGUCAUCGUUAAGUGGGAUUGAUUAAUGGGGGGAAAGAGAAAGUUGUACUUACUGUUACUUCAAACUCAGCCUUUCCUUGCCUUACUUUCUCUUAGCACCAUCCUUUUUAGAGAACUUUUAGGAGUGCGGGAAAGGUGCCAUUCACUACGCAGCUACAUGUUUUCCCAUUUGUUUACAUUCCCAUGAAUCACAAAGGUCCAAAUUCUUUAUCAAGAGCAGUAAGGGCAUCUGAUGACCGUCCGUCACCACGCAGUGCAUUUACAUCCAGAAUGUCUCUCCUUCCAAAUGUGACUGUUUUAUACUCAUCAACACCCCCCACCCCCCACCCCACUUUUGACUCUUUAUGUGCCUGAACCCAGAGAAGUUGUACUGAUAGUCAGAUCUUAGCUUCUUGUUUUGUUAUUGUUUUUGAGGUAAGUGAAGGAUGUAAGAUAAAAAGAUGUAAAAUAGCCAGGAUUAACCGAUUCAAAGGUGCCAGAUUUUGCGCUUUCAUUGGGCCUAUACUUGCAGAUAGAGCCCCUGUAAAGAUGAACAGUGCUUGAUAUGUUGAAAUGUUCUGUUGUUUUAUAGUUUUGAAGUUGUUGUCAAACUGCUUUUUAGUGUCAUUCUGUAACUAGGUGCCUGAGGGCUGAGCACUAUUGAUUUAUGCUUGAAAGUAGACAUGAGCUAAUGUACUUCUGACUAGUGUGCAGUGUUGAUGUGUGAGGGAUGGGACACGCACAGCGGGCUCCUGUACAGCUCUCAAGUAUGGUUGUGGAGAUAACUUUGCUCCAGGCUAUACUGCAGUUGUACGUUCUUGUUCUUUCUUUCUUUUUUUUUUAAAUAAAAAAAAAAAAUCUGGUUUCUAUUAAGCCAAUUUCACCAGUAAUCGUCUUUCUUUCCCGUGACUAAAUGGCGAAUAAGCUGGACAUGGAUGUA